GUCCUCUGGCCCUAUAAUAAACCCGAUGUCUGCGCACUUUCUCCAUAUACGAGUCAGACGGACUUGAAGCAGGAGCGGAUUCAAACGAAAGGACACGGAAACUUUGUUUGGUUCAUUUGUUUAUAUUCACAAAAGUUUUUUUUAACAUCUGGAUCAACGCUUUACAGCUUUGGACGAGCGCAUAGUCAAACUUUUAUUUUUUCCUCACACAAUGUUUCCAGACGCAAACAAAGGCUACACCUAUGACGACUGCAAGGCCACCGCCGACUGGCUGCUGGCCCAGACGGACGUGCGGCCCACGGUGGGCAUCGUGUGCGGCUCGGGGCUCGGAGGCCUGGCUGACAUGCUGAAGGACCAGGUCAUCUUCAACUACAAGGACAUCCCCAACUUUCCACAGAGCACCGUUCACGGCCACGCCGGGCGGCUGGUGUUCGGCACGCUGAAGGGAAGGCCGUGCGUCUGCAUGCAGGGCCGCUUCCACCUGUACGAGGGCUACCUGAUCCAGAAGAUCGCUCUGCCCAUGCGCAUCUUCAAGCUGCUCGGCGUGGAGACGGUGCUGCUCACCAACGCAGCCGGAGGCCUCAACCAGGACUUCAAGGUGGGGGACGUCAUGAUCAUCAAAGACCACCUCAACAUGCCCGGCUUCGCCGGGAACAACCCGCUGGCCGGCCCCAAUGACGAGCGGUUCGGCGUGCGCUUCCCCUGCAUGUCGGACGCGUACGACCGGGAGCUGCAGCAGAUGGCCAUGGACAUCGGGCAGGAGCUGGGCUACGGCGACUUCCUGAAGGAGGGCGUGUACUGCCUGCUGGGAGGCCCGUCGUUCGAGACCGUCGCCGAGAGCCGCAUGCUGCACAAACUGGGCGUGGAUGCUGUUGGCAUGAGCACCGUCUACGAGGUGAUCGUGGCGCGCCACUGCGGCAUGCGCGUCUUCGCCCUGUCCCUCAUCACCAACCAGGUGGUGAUGGACUACGACAGCGGCGAGAAGGCCAACCACGAGGAGGUCCUCCACACGGCCAAGCUGCGGGCGGAGCAGCUGGAGCGGCUGGUUUCCACCAUGGUGACGAGGAUCGAAGACAACAAGAACAACUAGGCCUCGGAGUUGGAGGCGCAGCAGCACUGAUGAGCAGUACCACCACGAUCUGGCUCAGUAUUCAGGUGCCUUGUUUGACACUUACGUUCCUGAUUUUUUGUAUCAGCUUAAAAAAUGCAUAUUUGUUUUAACUUAAUGUGAUCAGCUUGUACAAUUUAACUUAAUGAGUCAGAAUGUGCCGUAAAGAUCCUUUUGUUGUGUUGACGUGUGUACAGCAGUGAACGCAAGUUAUUUUCUUGUGCUUGUUUUUUUAAUGUUAUUAAAGGUGCUAUUUAUUGAU